CAGAACUCCAGCCUGGGACAGUGAUUGACCAAUCAGGGGGUCGGAAGAGACCCCGGAUGGACCUAGCCAGCUCCCUGCCCUUCUCCCUGCUCCUGCUACUGCUGCCGCUGUCUCCAUGCUUAGGAGCCACUCCUCAAAGUAUACAUGUGAAGAUGCCUGCAGUGGUCCAUGGCCUCCUGGGGAAAGAUGUACAACUCCCUUGUCACCUGGUGCCUAAGGGAGUGGAAGUCCAGGUGUCCCAGGUGACAUGGCUACGCCAAAACCAGACAAGUGGCACCAUGAGCAUAGCUGUCUACCACCCAACCCAUGGUGUUGGUUUCCCCAGCACAGGGCCUGGUGUGGAGCGCCUGGCAUUUGUCUCCCAAAGCCAGGAUCCAGGCUCAGAGUUCCACAAUGCCACCCUACUCAUUCGGGACCUGAGGGGUGAAGAUGAAGCCAAUUAUACCUGCGAAUUUGCCACCUUCCCUGGAGGGAAUGGCAAGGGCACCACAUUGCUUAGAGUGCUAGCUGAACCUAAGAGCCACGCAGAGUCCUAUGAGGUGGCCUCAGGCCCCGAUCCCGUGACCAUGGCCAGCUGUGUCUCCAGUGGGGGCCGCCCACCCGCUCGCAUCUCCUGGUCUUUUCCGCUGGCUGGACAGAGCCAUGAGACCAGGACCGCAGAGCCAGGGUCUGACACCUUCACCGUCACCAGUCACCUAACCCAGGUUCCGAUGGCCCGAGCCAAUGGGGAGAAGGCCAUCUGUAAGGUGGAGCACGAGACCCUCAGGGAGCCUGCCCUGCUCUCCGUCACCUUGGCCGUGAGAUACUGCCCCGAGGUCUCCAUCUCAAGCCACGAUGAUGACUGGUAUGUUGGACGAACAGAAGCGUCCUUGAACUGCGAUGCCCAAAGCAACCCUGAGCCCACAUCCUAUAACUGGAGCACGAUCUCUGGCUCUCUCCCUUCAACAGCUGUAUCCCAAGGCGCCAUGCUCAUCUUCCACCCUGUGGACUGGUCAGUCAAUACCACGUUCAUCUGCCAAGUCACUAACGCUCUGGGCACAGGAUGGGCCAAUCGAACCAUCCAUGUCAAAGAGACGUCAUCCGCCAAGGAAUCCUCAGCAGCUUCAUUGUCCACAGGACAAGUGGUGGCCAUUGUGGUAGGAGUGAUCUCGGUCCUCUCCAUCCUGGGGGUUUUCCUGUGGAAAAGAAAGUCCCUGUGUCCAGGCCACCAGGACCGUUCAGCUACCCAGGAAAUCUCCUAUACCUCAGUGGCCUGCACUACCAGUUCACCCCAGACUAACCCAAUAGAGAAUGGCAGAUGACCUCAGUCAAAAUGGCCAGCAGAAUUCCUGGCUUCCUUCAAAAGUUCAAAGAAUCAUAGAAUCUGAGAGAUUCUAGGGGCCUCGGCAGCCACUUAGUCCAGUCCUUAUAUGAAGGGAAUUCCCACUAUGACAUCCCUGAAUAUGGGUUGCUCCAUAUCUGCUAAAAGAAUGCCACAAACUCAUGUGCCACUUUCUACGGAAAGUCUUCCCUGCUUUAAAAGACUGUCUGCACUUUGAUCCAUCCAUACCACUGCUGGGUUUAUACCCCAAAGAGAUAAUGGGGAAAAGACGUGUACAAGAAUAUUCAUAGCUGCGCUCUUUGUGGUGGCAAAAUAUUGGAAAAUGAGGGGAUGCCCUUCAAUUGGGGACUGACUAAGCAAAUUGUGGUAUAUGUUGGUGAUGUAAUACUAUUGUGCUCAAAGGAAUAAUAAAGUGGAGGAAUUCCAUGUGAACUGGAGAGACCUCCAGGAAGUGAUGCAGUGAGAGGAGAAGAACCAGGUGAACAUUAUACACAGAGAUGGAAACACUGUGGCACAAUAGAAUGUAAUGGACUUCUCUGCUAACAGCAUUGCAAUGACCCAGGACAAUCCAGAGGAUCUUAUGAGAAAGAAGCUAUCCACAUCCAGAGAUAGAACCGUGGGAGCGGAAACACAGAAGAAAAACAACUGCUUGAUCACAUGGUUCGAUGGGGACAUGAUUGGUGAUGUAGACUCCAAAUGAUCACUUUCGUGCAAAUAUUAAUAAUAUGGAAAUAGGUCUUGAUCAAUGACACAUGUAAAACCCAGUGGAAUGGCAUGUUGGCUACUGGAGGGAAAGAGCAUGAAUCAUGUAACCAUGGAAAAUUAUACUAAAUUAAUUAACUAAAUAAAAUUUUUCAAUUUAAAAAAAAGCCUUCCCUGAUACCCCAAGUGGUGGUGUUCUCUCCUUAAAAGAUCCUGUGUUUCCUUAGUAGCCCACAUAUUGUUUACCCAGGAUAGAAUAUAAAUUCCCUGAAGGCGAUGACAAUUCACUCUUGUCUUUGGAUCUCCAGCACCAAGAACAAUGCCUGGCACCCAGUAGGAGCUUAAUAAAUGAUUGGGUUAAAUCGAGUUAUUCAUAUUAACAGAGGAAGACAGUGGCUAUACCAUUCACUGCCAUCCCUCUCCCACCACGACCCUUCCUAAAGUAAACUCCCCACUUCCACCCCUUGGGUGAAUAAAAACCCCUGGGUUUAGAGACAGAAGAUCUACAUCUGAAUUCUAGCUUUACCUAGGUUACUAUAUGUAUGGUCUUUGGACAAGUUGUUUAAGCAC